GUCAGUUAUCUUGUUUCUUAGCUAGUUAGUUAGCCAGUCAGGUAGUUAGCUGGUUAGCUAGUCGGUUAGCUAUCUAGCUAAUAAAGCUAAAAUAAAUACCACAGUCUGUGUAACCGGCUAUCAUUAACUAACCCUAGCAAAAUCAUACGCUAGUCAGCUAAUCUUCUGGAGCAAAUAUAUCACCUAUAAAGUAAAUUAGUUACAGUAUUUAUAUUAACAGACACCAGCAGGUUAACAAGAUAGCUAGCUAGCUUUUUAGAUAGUUAGCGAGUCAAUCAACUAGGAAGUUAGCAAGUCAGUUAGUUAGCAAAUUAGCUAGUUAGUUAGCUAGCCAAUUAGCUAGUUAGCUAGAUAGCCAAUUGACUUGUUAGUUAGCUAGUUUGUUAGCUGGUAAGCUAGUCAGUUAGCUAGCUAGCUAAUAAAGCUAAUAGCCUUGUCUAUUAUUCAAGAGAUGAGCACACAUUUAAUACACCACAAAAUACUUAUUUAGCUAGCUAAUUAGAUUAAUAUUGAGCUUGAAUUUUAGCUAAACUGGUUGUGUUUCAUGUAUUUAGGCAUUGCCUCCCACACCCCAAAAACAGAUAAGGUUAGCUAAGAUGAUCCAAUUUCAAGUGAAAAUAACGGAGUUAAAGGGGAAAAAUAACAUCUUUGAAAUAAAAUUGGAUGAAAUCAACAGGCUUUUAAAGUUUUCCCAAAACAAGGAAAAGCAUUUAACUGAAGAAAGAGACGGCCUGAUGGGGUCCAUUCAAAGCCUCCAGCAGAACCUACAGCAGCAGUGUGAUCUUCGAGUUGAAAAUGACAAUCUGAAAAGUGCUGUGGUUGAUAUGAAGAAACAAAUUGAAGCCCAAGUGCAGGAAAGGAAAGCUUGUGUUCAGCGGCUGGAGGCAGAGAUGAAAGCUCUGCAGGAGAAACACCAAAAGAUGAUGGAUGACUGUGCUAAUGAGACACAGAGGAGAUUGGAGUCUAAAGAUGUUGAACUGAAAGAAGCUCUGGAAAGAAAGGAAAGUGCCCUGGAAGAGAUGAGAAGAAAUAUGAAGGACCAGGAAAAAGAAGGGAAAAGUGAGAUCAUUAAGCUGCAAAUGGAGUUCAGUGCUAAGCUUGCCAAGGCUCAACGUGCAUUGGCCACCAACCAGCAGCAGCCACAAGGCUCUGGGAUCCUCCCUCAGAACAUCUUUAAAAGGAAGCUGCAGUUUCUGCAGGAGGAGAAGAACAAGGAAAUCGAGGCUCUGCGUCAGAGAGUGAAAGAGCUGGAGCAGCAGAAUCUGCACAGUCUGUCUGAGUCACGUCUAAAGAGGAGGAAGAUUUAAUUGGUUUUCCUGUUUCCUUGCUUGUUCCAUUGAUAUAUUGAUAUGUUGUACGUAUACACUACAGGUCAAAAGUUUUAGAACACCCCUGUUGUUUAGUAGUCCAGUAGCAGUACUUUAUCUUAGCAUGUUAGCAACAAUUUGUAUUACUGCACUUCACCUGUGUAAAGCUAAGCUAAAGGCUAAAGCUGUUUCCAUGUGGGUCAGCCAAAUGUCUUCCUGUUGCAGUUUCUCCACUUUGUAAAAGUCUUUUGAAGGUGUAGGAAACAGUACUCACCGCUUAGACUUCUGUGCUUCUGUGUCUUUUUCUGGUUAUUACGAUGAAAAUGUGAAUGUGCUGUGAGUAAAAAUGAGUAAUUGCUGCAGUAUAGAGUGCAGUAACGCUUUCAAAAUCUAUUUCCAAAUCUCAGUUUAUUCCCAUUGUUUCUAAAAAUCAGCACCGUUUUUUUUUUAUAACAGUAUGAUUUUUUCAUAUCUUUUUUUUUUAUAUAUAUUUCUUUACAAUAUACAAUUUUUUUGUAUAAUGGAUUUUUUUUUUUUUUUUUUUUUUACCAUUUUUGGUUAUUGACUAGACCUGAAGAGCUUAAAUGGCAAAAAUAAAGGAAAACAAAUAGGGGUAUUCUAAAACAUUUGACCGGUAGUGUAUGAUACAAUAUAUUUUAUUGAAUUAAUAUAUAAACUUAUAUACAGUUUAUCUUGUAGUAAAACAUUUCUGUUUUCUGGUUUCUCUUACACAUUACAAAAUGUGAUUUGCUGUGUAUGCACAGAGGUCAGUGGAGAGCACUGAAGGACUGUGGAGCUUGAGUUCAUCGCAAAUAAACA